UACUUAUGGUGAUGUGGUUGGCUGUAGUCUGUAAAGGUUCAACCAAUUUUUUUACAGCUUAGUGUCUGUGGCUCCGUAAUUAAUUGUAGCUAGCUGUCUCUUAUCGAUGCGUUUUCAAGGACCAUGAAAUAGUUGUUGUGUUGUGUUUUUUUUUAUCGAAGGAGUUGGCGGCGUUAGACAUUGAGAUCCAACUGUGCUGCUGGUUGUUGCUAUUCUACCUUUACGUGUGAUGUUGGAUAUGGGAGAACGGAAAGAAGUAAAAAUGAUUCCGAAAUCAUCGUUCAGUAUAAACAGUUUGGUGCCUGAAGCCGUCCAAAGUGACAACCACCACAGAACCAUCCCCGAAGAAGAGGAAAAGAUCCCUUUACCUAUAGCGCAGGAUGCAAAGUCGGAGAACACUUGUGCUAAAAGUGACAAUUCUGAAUCGAAUUGCACGGAUGACAAGGAAAAGCAAGAAGACAAAAAGGACUCCAAAGAGGGUGAAGCUGGAAAAGACGGGGAAAAGAAAAACGGCAAGUACGAGAAACCACCUUUCAGUUAUAAUGCAUUGAUUAUGAUGGCCAUCAGGCAGAGUCCGGAGAAACGAUUAACUCUGAACGGCAUUUACGAGUUCAUUAUGAAAAAUUUUCCUUACUAUCGGGAGAAUAAACAGGGCUGGCAGAAUUCCAUCAGACACAACUUAAGUCUUAACAAAUGUUUUGUCAAAGUUCCCCGGCAUUACGAUGACCCAGGCAAGGGAAACUACUGGAUGCUUGACCCCUCUAGUGACGAUGUGUUCAUCGGUGGGACAACGGGCAAACUUCGGAGGAGAUCAACGACUUCUAGGGCAAAGUUAGCUUUUAAACGGGGCGCACGGCUAACAUCAACUGGGCUUACGUUCAUGGAUAGAGCUGGGUCUUUAUACUGGCCAAUGUCACCGUUUCUUUCACUUCAUCAUCCAAGGGCAAGUAGUGCACUGAGUUACAAUGGCACAUCGUCAGCUUACCCUAGUCACCCAAUGUCGUAUAGCACAAUGUUGACUCAAAACAGUUUGGGCAACAACCACUCUUUCCCAGCCUCCAAUGGCCUAAGUGUUGACAGACUUGUGAAUGGAGAAAUUCCUUACGCUACUCACCACUUAACAGCGGCAGCUUUGGCCGCGUCCGUGCCAUGUGGGCUCUCUGUACCUUGCUCCGGGACUUAUUCUUUGAACCCCUGCUCAGUUAACCUGCUCGCAGGACAAACCAGUUAUUUUUUCCCCCACGUUCCUCACCCGUCAAUGACAUCCCAGAGCAGCACUUCGAUGAGCUCCCGGGCUGCUUCGUCCUCGUCGCCGCAAGCGGCCUCCUCGCUCCCGUGUGAAUCUUUAAGGCCUUCCCUUCCAAGUUUCUCUUCGGGACUGUCUGGCGGACUUUCUGACUACUUUACACAUCAAAAUCAAGGGUCAACAUCAAAUCCACUUAUACACUAACUAACAUCCACAGGAUCAGACUGUAAGUGAACAUUUUA